AGAAAGAAAACUUUUCUCACCUGUGCUUCAAAUCUGAGGCAGGAUCCUUUUUGUUUUUUCUUCUUUUAGAGUAGAAGUAAACUCAUCGCAUCUUCCAACCUGUCAGUCUCGUCGCUGUUUUCUAAUAUUUCAGAAGAUUGGAGCCCCUCAUCUAUUUGGCUGCCUCAGCUCUGGACGUUCAGAGGUACAACGAAGCUGUGUGAAGCAUUGAGCAGAUGACCGUUUUAGAAACUUGUCUAUCGCCUCCUUCAUCGGCCAAACCUCCCCUGUCUGAUGUAACUGGAGGUGGUGACUGCUCAUGCAGUCAAGUGAUUAUCUGCGACAGAGGAGCUUGCACACAGCCACGGUCCUUGAAAAGAAGGCAACAAGAUCUCCACCUGGCAGCAGAGCUGGGGAAGACUUUACUGGAGAGGAACAAAGAGCUGGAGGACUCUUUGCAGCAGAUGUACAUCACUAAUGAGGAACAAGUGCAAGAGAUUGAGUACCUGACCAAGCAGCUGGAGGUCCUCCGGGACAUGAACGAGCAACACGCCAAGGUGUACGAGCAGCUGGACGGCACGGCCAGAGAACUGGAGCGCACCAACCACACGCUGGUCAGGGACAGCAGAGCCUCGCAGCAAAAGAUCGAGAGCUUGACGGGGACUAUUGAGAGUCUGCAGAACCAGGUGGAGGCUCUGUCGGCGCAGGUGGAGCAGCUCCGCUCCAUGGAGCAGCUCCGAGUCCGGAGGGAAAAGAGGGAGCGACGCAAGACCAUCCACUCGUUCCCGUGCCUGAGGGAGCUCUGCACCGCGCCCAGGUACGAGGAUGAGUUUGUAGUGGGCCGGGCCGAGAGCUUCACGAUGGAAGCCAAAAGUCAGCCGCGUGAGGAGGACAAUCAGCACCUGAGGGAGGCGGUGUCAGCACUGAGGGCCGCCGUCCGGACUGAGAGGGGUCGGAGGGAGGGGGUGGAGAAAGAGUGCAACCUCCUGAUCGCAGAGUUCUCCCGGCUGCAGACGCGGGUGCAGGACGCCGAGAGCUGCCAGGCUCGCGUACGGGAGCUGGAGGUGGAGCUGCAGGAGCUGCAGCAGCUACGCCGCGCGCGGACUUUCCUCCUGAGCGGCGAGGACGACGGCGUCGCCCUGACCCAGACCGUCCUCAGCAUCACCCCGGAAACCGACACGUUCCUGGAAGCGGAGGAGGGCGACGCAGGCGGCGGCGGCGGCGUGCGGGAGGAGACGGAGGGCGGAGGCGGCGUCGGAGGCGAGCAGCUGCCGGAGUCCAGCCCGGUGAGGAAGAGCUGCAGCGACACGGCGCUCAACGCCAUCGUGGCGCGGGACGCGUCCGGCCGCAGGAGAGGCAGCUACGCCCUCCACGCCAACAGCGUGAGGAAGAGGGGGAUGUCCAUCCUCAGGGAGGUGGACGAGCAGUACCACGCCCUGCUGGAGAAAUACGAGGAGCUGCUGGGGAAGUGCAGGCGGCACGAGGAGAGCCUUUGCCACGCGGGCGUCCAGACAUCCCGUCCCGUCUCCCGCGACCCGUCCAUGAAAGACUGCGCCGUGGGCCCCGUCCCAGCGCCUCCCCCGACACCCACCCAGUCCCCCUCCACUCCGGAAGCCAUGGAGAGCAUCAGCAGGCAGGUGGAGGCGGUGGAUAAGCGGCUGGGGCAGAACACUCCGGAGUACAAAGCUCUUUUUAAGGAGAUCUUCUCGCGCAUCCAAAAGACCAAAAUGGACAUCAAAACUACCAAAGCCGCCAAAACGAGCAAAUCAGGCAAAUCAGGCAAAUCGAGUAAACACUAAAGUCGACAUCGACUGUACAGAUGUUGGUGCUCUUUGAACAAGGGGCUAGCCUAGAGUAUGCUAUCUUAUAGAAGGCGCUGCUACUACAACUAACGUAUUAAUUUCUUCCAGAGCUCAGCUAAGCUAACCCCAGCAGAAAAUCAACCAGAUCUGAAGUGCAUGCCUUCCACUAGUGAAGCUUCCAGAAAAUGGAUUGAAUCUGUUACAUUUUAUUCUUCUGUACUUUUAAUGGAAAGUACAGGCAAAACAACAAGAUUUGUUGGCUAAUUUGACUCUUGCUUACAAUAUUACAGUUAUAAUUCCAUAGGUGGCAAAAUGUUUCAGUUUUACACUUUAGGUUCAGAUUUAAAUCAAAUAAGACAAAUUGAGCGGUCGAAAGCAAACGUAACAUUAACUCAAAAGAAACCUGUUUACUACUAAACAUGCUUGACUCAUAUUUCUGUAUUUCCUGUUAGAAAUGUUGAUUUUACUUACAAAACCCUUUUAUGUGGCAAAACUUGAAAGUAUUUCAACCAUAAUUGUAUUUUAUUAGGAUUUUAUGCAAUAGACCAAAACGAUGUGGAUCAUUAUUGUGAAAAUAAUCACAGUUUCCUUCCUACGGUUUUUAAAGGCAGAAUCUGACUGCUGACCUGACAUCCGUUCAGAGAAUCAGCUUCAAGAUUCAGACUUUUUUUGAAAAUUAAAAAACAUUUUCUUUUUUUUUGUGUGUCUGCUUCACAAUCAUAUGCGUCUUUGUCUAGAUUUAUCUUACAAAAUCCCAGUUAAAUGCGGCAAAGAAUGCUUUUGCGAGCCGGGGCAUUUCAAACCACUGUGCUGCCUGUGUUUUUGACCUGGAGGCGCUCGUCACAAAAUGCUACGCUAAUUCUGUCAGCACUGCUAAAAGAGCUUUUUGAGCUAAGCUUAGAUAAAGAUGUGAUUACUCUAUUUGGCCCUGACUUUUGGGUCGCUGCUUUUGGGCAAACUCUUACCUGCCUCUGUACCUGUGUCUUAACUCCUGCAUAUGUCUUUGUCUGAAUUACAGUGAAGAUGAGCUAUUUUGUGUUUUGCUUUUAAGGGAGGAGUGUUCUCUUCAUUUUGUUCCCACUUUGACAUAUAAAACCACAUUUGAGUGAAGGAAGGGACUGUCUGGCUGCGAUAUACAGUCAUCGUGAUAUGGGUGUUUCUUAUUCCGCGGCGGACAUGAACUGAUUUCUGCUCUCGUCGCCAUGCUCAGGGACAGACAGCUGCAAAACGUUCUCAACUCAGUCAAAUGUUCCCUUCACAGUUCUAUGCUCAUUUUCGUUCCCUCAGUAAAUAUUUCCAUUUGCCUCAGAAGUCAGAACUUUGACUCGGGUCAGGAUAAGAAUUCAGUUCAGUUAUUAGUUGCCAGUUUUUGAGCUCCGUGACCAGAAUACUUACUGUAAUAUUGAUGACGAUACAAAUUCCUAUUGAUAGGCGUUGAUUACAAUAUAUUUACAGCAUUUUGCGAAUUGAAAUACUAAAGAGAUAUGUACAGCACUGUAUGUGCACAAGGUUAAAAGGAAUCUAAACCAUCAAAGCGCAGGAAGUGGUUUGUGGCUUCAACUUAACUCUUAUGUUUAUACUUGUGGCAGUCAUUUUGGAAUUUGCAGGCCAGUAUUGGUGGGAUGUCUCCCACUUACCAAGUGUAAGCUUCACACAGCAUUCUAAUUAAUCUCCCGAGAUCAGAGAUAGGAUGGUUUUACCUUCUGAUAACGAUUACAAGCUAAUGUUAGCCUAGCUUGUUUUAAUGUCAGUGGUAGCUAAACGAAUUUGUAAAGUUAAUUUUCCACCCUUCUGGGCAAAGGUUCUAACAUCCGCAUCACAUUAAUGAUCACCAUAACGCAGCGUAAUUCAGUAAAACCUAUGCCUUGAGCUGAUGUUUAUCUAUAGAUGCCCAACCAAUCUUCCCAAAUGUUUCCUGUUAGCAUGCUACUUCAUAGGAUCCUCACACAACAAUGGGAAGCUAAUGCAAAAUGCGUUUAGCUUGACUGAUGUACUUUUGUUUUUGUUUUUUUGCUAACAUUUGUUCAAGUCUUUUUAAAGGCUUCACUUUACAGGCCACAGGAAAUUGAACAAAGAUUGAGUUCUGGGACAGUCUCAUGCUGCAUUCAAUUCUUUGAACCGAGUUUAACUGUGAUUCAGUUCCAAAUUGGAAAAAAAUGUGCAAUUGAUUAAGUGGGAUGCUUAGUGACCAUGCUAACUGCUGUUAGCAGUACAAGCUGAUACUUAUGCACUUCAUCGCAUUUUGGACUUUCUGGAUUUUUUUGUGUUAGUGAAAGGUAUAAUAAGACACUCUUGGUCAAAAGAGCAAGUGAAGAAUUUUUUUAUUUUUUUAAUCAAGCGCAGCCAUAUUGGAUUUUUAAGGUCACAGUUGGUGAUACUGUUCCCCCCCCCCCCCGCCUUAGAUAAUUCUUACUUCUAUGAAGCUUUGUGUUAUUUUUUUACAGCUUCAAAUUUAUAAAAUAAAAUUUCUCAGAAUGAAUGUUACACCUAACAUACUUCAAACAAACAUACAGUGCUAAGAAAUAAACAAUUUUUAUUUUUACAUAAACCGAAAAGGCAUAGGCUUGUUGAAUAACAUUUGAAACAUCUGUCAACAUGGUGGUGCUUUGGAAAACCUGUUUUUUUUUGUUUUGUUUGUUUUUUAUUACAAAUUUUAAGUAGAGUUUUUUUCACAGUCUUAAAAAUUUAGGAAAAAUUUGGGGUAUGGAACUUUUUUUUUUUUU